AUGCUGUCUCAGCUUGCCGUCCUUGCUGUCCUCUUCGCUUCGGGAGAUUGCUUCCGCGCUUCUACGGAUUUGAAGGACCAGGAGUGUCAAGAGAGUCAGACCAAUCCUGAAUACUUCAGUGAAUUGAGGAGCAACGCUUUCAUCACGGAGUGCAGCAAGAAGGACGUGUGUUUACUGAUGCGUCAGCUGGAUGCUUACUUCUACGCCCGUGCACUCAAGGGUGAGUUGGUGGACUAUGGAAAACCUCCAGGAGGCAGAUUUCUGGCCAGUGGGAAUUGCAAACGACCUCUGAACUCCAAGAAAUUGGUUCCAGUGACUACCAAGGAAGAAUGCCAAAAAAUCCUUUCCAAACAUACCAAGAAGAAGAUGAAGGUCAUCCACUCCACCAAGUACCCUGCGGGUUGCAUCAUGGAUUUUGUCACGAAACGCGGUCGUUUCAACAAAGCCGACACCAACGUCGACGCGGGGGUCAAGUACAUUCGGGUUGGCAAAUCUCGCAUUUCUGCACAGCGAAAGAAGACGGACGUCCGGCAGUACUGCUAUGAUGACUAUUCAUUGGAUGAGGCUGCGGCCUCGUACUACUCACCUUACAAGUUGAAGGCGAGCAUGGCAGGUCGCCCUGAAAUGUCCACCAGUUGUUCCUUCGGAAUGAUGGCCGGCCUCAGCAGGGUUGGCUUGACCGAUAGCCCCUGCGCGAGCAUCUUGGUGGGUGAGCAGGGCACAAAGGCCAAGAAUGUCCUCAUUGAGCAGAUCACGAACCACUGGUGCCCAGGAAUUUGGCACGAAGCAAUGGACAAAGGCGCAACUUGCUCAGCCGAUCGAUUCCCUAGUUGGGCCAAGCAUGGCUUUGUCCAGGACGAGGACGAAGAAGGCAUUGUGGAGCGUGCCGAAUAUCUCGUGAGGGGCAUCGGAGGGGAGACUAAGGAGGAUUUGAUGGACUCCCGAACUGCCAAGAUGGGCUUGCCUGAAGGUGUUUGUGAAAACAUUGAAGAUGAGCUCUUUGGUGGAAUACUUUCAGGCAAAGGAGAUGAGGUCCUGGUGCCUGGUGCAGCCAAUUUGGCUCGAAACCCAAUUCCACAUCGGACCUACGAACAAUUGUCGGCACAGAUGUUGGGCAUUGAGAACCUGAUGACGCAGAUGGUUGGACAGGUGACCACGACAUUGCGGAAGGAGAUCCGCGCAGUGGAAGACCGACUCAGUCGCCAAAUUCAAUCUGAUCGGAAGGAGGAGGCGGCCGAGUUGCACAAAGUGAAAGCGAAUUUGACGAAACAGAUCUCCGAAGAUGUGGCAGCAGCUGAGGAACGCAUUUAUCGCCGCAUGGAGUCUGAGCGUAUGAAGCACAAGGAAAUGAUUGCAGAGCUGCGACGUGAGACAAGUUCCCAGAUCGCAGCCCAGCAGGACACUGCUUCUUUCACCACACAACGAGUGGUGCCAAAAGAGACCGAAGAGAUGGCUGCAUUGCGCGCUGCCAUGGAGGACAUUCGCACAGUGGCCGAGAAUUCAAAGAAGGAUGUGAAACGCCUGGCUCAAGACCUGGCGGAUCAAAAACAUGUUUGCGACGGUAUUCAAAUUUCAAUUCAAAAUUUGCCAAAGCACAACGAAGAGAUGUUGGCCUUGAAGUUGGCUGUGGAAAAAGCUGAAAACAUGGCUCAGCAGGCAAAGAAGUUGGCAGAGAAGGAUGUCACCCUGGGCAUGGAAUCUCAGAGGAUCCUGGCAAGCACCGUGGGUGACAUGGACGCCGACAUUCGUGCAGAUAUGAGGCGUCAAAUGGCAAAGGUUCAGUCCGAUAUGAUGCUGGAGAUGAACAAGCGCCUAGAGGACACCCAGCAAAUAAGAGAACUCGAGGUUAGCCAGCGUGGAAUCACUAACAUCGACUCGCUGGAAUCCUUGGAGAAGAAACUGAAGAAGUUGGAAGAUGCGAAUUUGGAGUUGCGACUUGCAAAGUUGGAGGGAGUUGCCCAACGAGCAGCAAACUACAGCGAUGCAGGUGAUGCUACCCUCUUCACCACGUCUCGGCGUCCCUUGGGCGAAAAUAAACUGACGGUUUCGGAAGAGAAGAUCUCGGACAUGCCAUUGACAAGGGAGGAGCGCCGAGAAGAACGUGAACGCAAAAGCCGGGAGCGUCGACUUUCCAUGGAUCCCCGAACGGAUUCCCAAUUGGAGUCGUUACUUUCUCUCAUGAGCCAAGGUAAAAAUGCCUACAAAGAUUACAAAGGACAGGGUGAAAUCCAUGAGCCUCAGCCGCUGGUGUCUGAUGACUUGAAGAGCAGGUUGGAGAGUUUGGUGGAGCAGGUGAAGGAGACCUUGAGUGGUGUGAACGUCACUUCGCUCUUGGAACCCAAAUACGACGAGAGCUAUGGUGCGCAACCAAUUGCCGAGCCUGAGGAAGCGGAGUACUACGACGGGAACUACCAGAGCGACUAUGUGCAGAACGAUGGUUUUGAUGAACUCGACGGGCCUGUGGAAGGCUACGAAGAAAUGGCGCAGAUGGAUGGUGCGAACUAUGGAGGGCACGGACACAUCCCCAAUGGGCAGAUGAUGCCGAUGCCAAACGGCCAGAUGCACGGCCAAAUGCCCGGCCAGAUGCUGCACUAUCAGCCACAGGGGAUCCAGUCUGAGGGACAGAUGCACUUCACGCAGUAUGACCAGCAGUAUGCGGAGCCACAGUAUAUGCCGCAACAAGUGGUCGCACAGGCACCAGUGGCUCCAAUCGCUCAACCUUUGCAGCACUUCGUCCAGCACCAAAUGGCACCCGUGGCUCAGUCCCUUGGUUAUUGUGGCAGCAUUGCUUUGCCCAUUUCCCGUGAACCCGAUCGAUACAGCGAGCAAGAGCAUCGAAUGGAUGCAAUGUCAGAAUUGGGUAUGGCGGCCCAAAUGGGCCAGUCCAUGUAUGCACAACCUUCCAACGCUGACUACGGAAUGAUGGGAAGCUUGGAUGGCGAGACCUAUGCUUGCGACAAUGGUGGGGGCUAUGAAGCUGUCUUCGAGAAUCAGACAGGUUAUAUUGACGUACCGCAAGUGCCUUUCACAUCUGUCAGCUAUGGCCCCCCUACAGUCGUUGGGGUUGGAGCUCCUGUCGUUCAUUCCGUGACCACGAGGGUCGGACGUCCAGUUUCACCUGUUCGAGAACAUUCCCCUGUGCGUGGUCGAGGAGCAUCCCCAGUUCGCGGGGCAUCGCCCAUUCGUGGAGCUCCAGUCACAGGAAAUCCAAGGCACCGCGAACUAUCUCCAUUUCGUGCACGCAGCGUAGGAGAUCCGCCCAGUUUCAGCUUUCAGCCAGGUGGCUUGGUGUCCAACGUGAGCCCAGUGCCGGUGAACGUGAUGACUUCAGGUAUGAUUCCGCCUGCCACCAUCAAGGAAGAUCCCCCAAAAGAGGAGGAGGAUAGUUCUUCCGAUGAGGAAGAGGAGAAGCCAAGCGCAGGCGCAACCAUUCUCGGCCGAUUGUUCCAUGGAUCAGCCUGAUACUGAAAAAUGCUUAUUGCCAUUUAUAGCUGAGUCUCACUGAAAUCGCUGAUUUGACUGCUUCAGCCUGCGAUGCUGGACGAUCUAGAUUGCUUUGUC